GGCAGCGGAGGUGACACGUAAGUACGGGGUUUGAAUGGUGUCCGAAAAAAAUAUAAAGCGAAGGCGGAGAACCGGCGGAGAAAAGCUACCUUUGGGGUAGUUUGGCACCAACACACACAGAGAAAAGUAACUUUAACGGGGAAAAGGCGCUAUUCGAAGAUCCUCUCGCCUUCCACCCAUCCCUGCCAAAAGCGAGAACCUCUCCAGCCCCGAAGGGGGGGAACCGUCCCCAGCAGCAACGCUGGUUGAUGGUUCACCUUGAAACCCCGCAGAGGAAUUGAUGAAGCAAGGACGAGCCUGCCUGGGGACGUCCCGCUCCUUCUGAACUUGCAUCUCCAGUCCGAGCCCUGCUGGGGACGUCUCCCUUUCGGAUGCCCGGUUGAACCUGCCCCCCCCCCCCCUUCGCCUGAUCUCCUGGAGAACCCGCAGCCCUCUUUGCAAAGCUGGCUUGCUAUGACCUUGAAUUCCUGGCAGGGGUUGUAAUAAGCUGGUCAAAGUUUGCACCAGGGCCUAUGGCAGCAGCCGUGCGGGAACCAACUAGUCCCUGAGGUUAUUUCCCUGGUUCAUGUUGUGUCCUGAUGCUGCUGAAGUCCUAGGUGGACAUCGACUUGGGUCCCCACCUCCAAGGUAGGGACUAUGGGAAACGGGAUGUGUUCCCGAAAACAGAAGCGGAUCCUGCAGUCCCUCUUGCUCCUCACCGUGGUGUUUGGCUUCAUCUACGGGGCGAUGCUCUACUACGAGUUGCAGAACCAGCUGAGGAAGGCGGAAGCUGUGGCCCUCAAGUACCAGCAGCAUCAAGAGUCCCUCUCGGCACAGUUGCAAGUGGUGUAUGAACAUCGAUCAAGACUAGAAAAAUCUUUACAAAAAGAAAGGCUUGAACAUAAGAAAGCAAAAGAAGAUUUUCUUGUUUAUAAAUUAGAAGCACAAGAAACAUUAAAUAAAGGAAGGCAAGAUUCCAAUAGCAGAUAUAGUGCACUGAACGUACAACAUCAGAUGCUGAAGAGCCAGCAUGAAGAACUAAAGAAACAGCACUCAGAUCUGGAAGACGAACACAAGAGACAGGGAGAUGAUUUCAACCGAGCAGUUGAUGACCACAAGCAGAAAUAUGUGCAGUUACAGCAAGAAAAGGAGCAGGCGAUGUCCAAGUUAAAAGAAUCCAUGUACAAUCUGCAAGAAGAAAACAGACAAUUGAGGAGAUCCCACCAGGAUAUACAUACUCAACUGCAAGAUGUGAAGAUUAUGCAAAAUGGUGAGCAGUCACAAGAGGGAGAAGAGGCUAUUAAAGUAAACCCCAGGGAAGGAAGAGAACAGACAGCAGAACUUUUUCACCCUGACAGAAAAGUGAUGGAAGGUCACGGGCCACGGGAAUUAAAUAUUCAGGAAAAGCAAGAGGCAGGAGAAGAUGAGGAACAACAUGCAGAGCAAGAUGAAGAAGAGCAGAAAAAAGAAUUAGAAGAAGAAGAAAUGGAGCAAGCUGGGCAACCGGAACACUUAACAGAUGAUCUCGAUCAAGUUCCAGAAGAGCAUGAAUGGAAGGACAAAGAACAGACUGACGAGGAAACCAACAUGGUUGGAGAACACAACCAUUCACAGGUGGGCCCACUUUUCCUCCCGAGAAUAUUUGCAUGUCUUUCUCAAGUCAAGUUUGACUCUUGGUGA